AUGCUGUGUCUUGGAUUGCUGUUCCUGUUUCAGCUCUUCAUAGCCACGCCAGUCUGCUCGCUGCGGAAGCGCGACGUGAGAGUAACCCUUUCAAACGGAACUACUGUGAUUGGGUACGAUGCAGAAGGUCUUUCUACUUUUCAGGGGAUUCCAUAUGCCCAACCUCCAGUGGGCAACCUCCGUCUGAGGCCACCACAGCCUUUCACAACCCCUUUAGGAACAAUAAACGCCACCAGAAGCGCGAAGGCGUGCCCGCAGCUGGUCUUGAACCUCAACUCCUCGAGUCUCCUGGAGAGUGUGGCAGGACGCCUUGUGAACACGCCCUUCGCCCAAAACAACCUUCUCGAUGCCUCGGAGGACUGCCUAACCCUCAAUGUCAUCACGCCUCCCAAUACAGUCCCCGGUGAUAAUCUCCCGGUGAUGUUCUGGAUUUUUGGCGGCGCUUUCGAGCUCGGGUGGAGUUCCCUGUUCAACGGCUCCAGCUUCGUUCUCGACUCGAUCGCGAUGGGCAAACCUGUUGUCUGGGUUGCAGUCAACUACCGCGUGGCCGGGUUCGGAUUGAUGCCGGGUAAGGAGAUCCUAGCUGAGGGCUCUACGAACCUCGCCCUGCGGGACCAACGUUUAGGUUUGCAGUGGGUCGCCGACAACAUCGCACAAUUUGGCGGCGACCCCGAAAAAGUUGUCAUCUUCGGCGAAAGUGCUGGUUCUAUCUCGGUUCACCUCCAGAUGAUGCUUAACGGUGGGGACAACACCUACAAGGGCAGGCCUCUCUUCCGCGGCGCCAUCAUGGAUAGUGGAAGCGUGAUCCCGUACGCUCGUGUCGAUGCCCCUCAAGCUCAACAGGUUUACGACGCGGUUGUUGUUGCGGGAGGUUGUGAGCAGUCCGGAGACACCCUAGCGUGCCUACGGUCUCUUCCUUACCAGGACUUCCUCAACGCUGCUACCAGUGUUCCUGGCCUUUUUGACUACAAUGGGGGCCAGUUAUCUUACGGAAGUGCUCCUCGGCCAGACGGCGACAUCCUUCCAGACACGACCGACGUUUUAUCUGCCACCGGGAGAUACGCCAAGGUCCCAUUCAUAGUCGGCGACCAAGAAGAUGAGGGCACUCUAUUUUCUCUCACGCAAACCAACCUGUCAACUACUGACGAUGUGGUCACAUACAUGAACGACUUCUACUUCCCACAAUCUGAUCGCUCUGUCGUACAAGGUUAUGUUGACACUUAUCCAGACUCUUCCUCUGAAGGGUCUCCAUUCGGCACUGGCCCAUUCAAUGAUGUGUACCCUCAAUUUAAGCGUCUGGCUGCCCUCCUGGGUGACCAGCUCUUCACUCUCCAGCGCCGCCGGGUUCUUCAGCUCAAUGCACAACUAGGUGGCCCGCCAGCUUGGACAUACCUAGGAAAGUACUUCUAUGGAACGCCUGUUCUGGGUACUUUCCACGCUACCGACAUCCUCCACGGCUUUGACUACCUCGGGGACACGGAUGCGAAGAAGACGAUUCACGCAUACUACAUCAGCUUCGUCAACACGCUGGACCCAAAUAACGGAACCGCUAGCGAGUUCACGCAAUGGCCGCAAUGGACCGAGCAGGGAAGGGAGAUCCUGGAGAUGGGCAACUCGGUGGACAACUCGGUCGGGACUGAUGACUUCAGGGAGGAGAGUUAUCAGUAUCUGUUGGCUAAUAUUGGGAAUUUGCACACGUAA